AUGACUUUAAAAACUCAUCAGAAUUGUUUCGUCUUUGAUGUGAAGACCCAUCCAAUAUAUUCCAAAUUCACUCAGUGUACCACGGAGGCCGAUCUUGCGGAAAAGACCAACACAAUUCUCUCCAUCUGCUUCAUGUACUUUCUCCCCUUUCUCUUCAUCCUCUACUCGUAUGGAAACAUCAUCUACACGCUCACGAUGGAAAAUGAAACAUCCAGAGGUAAAGAGUCCCUUCGCCGCAGCGAUCAGACCGUAAUGGACAGAGCAAAAAUACGAGCUCUUAAGUUAACCUUCACAAUUGUUGCAGUAUUCAUCAUUUGCUGGUCACCAUACAUUGUUAUGACGGCUUGGCAUGUUGUCGAUCGCACAUCGGCCGAAAACGUGCAUCCAAACAUUCAGGAGGGACUUUUUAUCAUGGUCGUGGCCAACUCAUGUGCAAAUCCUCUGGUUUACGGGGUAUUCCACUCCAAUAGUUCGAGAAAAGCAAGUCAAACUGUCCGAGGAAAUUCAUACGGAAAUGGCCCAAUGCCGUCCGCUUCUGCCGCCUGCACAAUGUCCUCGCACUUUCGAAAAUCCACUUUGAAAAAUAAUUCCACCAGGGUUGAAAUCCAACUUGAGAAUAUGGCAACCAAACAGAGAACCAACGGUCCACCGCAUUCCCCGUCACCACCAGUUCAAGUUCAGAGCGUGUGCUAUUUGGAGAAAGUGAGCGGUGGUUGCAGCAAGUUUUCUUCUAGACCGACCGUCAUCACGACGACUGGGCCGACAGUCGCUGCUGAAAGGAAUCCCAGUCACAGCAAGACGACAAGUAUUUAAAACACGUGAAAGGUAUGAAGAUUGAUAUAUGCAAAACUGUUUUUUUGUUUUAUUUUUCAAAGACUAGAGUUCAACUGAAAUUGCAUUAGACACACACGUGUAGCCUUCAUGUAGCCAACAUAUUGGGGUAAAUUUACAUGCGUUGGAACAUACUAGAUCCAACUAGAGGUAUAAUCAGGGUUUGAAUAAGAAAUUAAAUAACUCACUCAUACGUAUAUGUACAUGAAAUUAUUAUAAUUAGUCCAUUGCUAAAUAGCAUUAAAUGUGAAACGUACACAUAUUUUAAGGUUACAUGCAUAUAUGCAUAUAUAAUAUUAUAAUAUUUUGGAGAGUAUGUUAGCAUCCAGUAGUAAAGGUAGUCACUUAUAGAGGCUUAUUUAGCCGUCGGCAUGUCUGUCGGGUUUGGAAUAAGUCUGUUAGAGAUUGACUUGAAACUUGUAAAUUUUUAACUGAUCGUAAGAAGUUCAAAUUGUACAUAUUGAAUAUAAAUAUGAGGCAAAAUAUGUACAUAGAUAUGUAGAAUAUAUGGCCCACACUGGUUGAGAUGAAAUGAGUGGCACUAUAGAUUUAGUAGAAAGGUAAUUAAAACUGUAGUAUUGCAAAAAGUUCACAACUUUCGAGAGAAAUGGAACUGGGUGAAUUUAUUCAAUUUAUGUUCACCUUCUCGCUAA